ACUCCUCUGGCCUGCGAUCUAGACAAAAUGGAGCUGGCGCUACCUGGCUGAGACAAAACACUGCUUCGUUCRUUAUAUGCAUUUAUUUUUUAUUUUUUGUAAGGUUAUUUGACAAAUAGUUAACAAUUAAGUCGACACUGACCCAAAGGAAAGAUGUUUAAAAUGUUUUGGACGAUUAUAAUCGGAGUUUUAAUGGCGACAGAGUCAGCCCUGGCCGUUUCAGUCCAGUGUCCCACCAAGAAGUACGUUGUCAUCCUCUUCCAGCCGGUGACCCUCACCUGUCAGUACCAAACGUCUCCUUCUCAGCCUCCCGUCAUCACUUGGAAGUAUAAAUCAUACUGCAGGGACCCGAUUCAGGCUGCACUCAGUCCCAGCAGUGCAGAUACUGCCUUGGCACAAAAUAACCCGAACUAUAACCCCAACAUCGAGUGUGCGGACAGCCAGAGAACGGUCCGCAUUGUGGCCUCGAAGCAAGGCACCGCCGUUACCCUGGGCAAGGAAUAUCAGGGUCGAAAAGUCAGUUUCACGAAUGAUGCAGAACUGAACAUUGCGCAAACUGCAUGGGGAGACAGUGGUGUUUACGUCUGCUCAGUGGUCUCAUCCCAAGAUCUUACAGGAAAUGGCGAAGAUUACGUUGAACUAAUUGUACUUGAGAGAAAGUCAAAUACUACUGACCUCCUGCCUGGCAUUGACUUACUGGUUAUGGAAGACUGGCUCCUGGUAGUUUUGGUGGUUUUGGGCUUUCUGUUACUGCUGAUGCUGAUCGGGAUCUGUUGGUGCCAGUGUUGUCCACACACCUGCUGCUGCUACGUCAGCUGCCCCUGCUGCCCUGAACGGUGCUGCUGCCCACGAGCAUUGUAUGAAGCAGGAAAAGCAGUGAAGAAAGGGAUACCCAGUCAGUAUGCUGCUACCCUUUAUGCUCCCAGUAUGUACAGCCAGCCCAUGUCUGCCAUACAGCUUCAACCCAUGCCCAACGGCAUGGUUCCUCCCCAGAAUGGUUAUGGUCGUGACUAUGAUGGUGCGAGCUCGGUGGGGCAUGGAUCACAGGUGCCACUGAUGCAUGAUCACGAUGGUGGAGGAGACCACACUCGCAGUGGUUAUCGUAUUCAUGUGGACCCUGAAGGAAAUGCAACACGUGCAAUUUAUUACAUGGAAAAGGAACUUGCUUCAUUGGACCCCUCUCGACCUGCCAACUACAAGCGCUUGGACAACAUGAGUGAAGUCAGUUCUCUGCACGACAGCGUGGAGCCUCGAGGCCGCGGGGGCCGUUCCCAGCCCCCACCUCUGGCCACUGUUUAUGAUCAGGAUGAAGCCAUGAGCACCAUCACCAGUGUUUCCCAGCAAGGCCAACGCCGUGGAGACUAUGGACGGCGUGGUGGAGAUUUCAUGGAAAAUCGCGCACGUGCCCGCUCCAUGGAUGACCUCAAUGACGUUGGGCGAGGGUACAGAGAUGACUACCCCCCACACAGACGCCCAGAUGAGCCUAGAGGCCGCUCGGAUGAUGAGUGGAGCAACAGCGCUCGCAGUGGCUAUGAUGACCGCAGACGUCGCGACUACUCCCCAGACGAUCGCAGGGGAAGACAAGGGGACGGCUACAGCGACCUCGGGGGGCGCCGCAGUCGCAGCCGGGACGAUCUGAUGGAGAUGGAGCGGGACCGCCGGUACGGGGAUGGCCCCAGGGGCGGGGGCCGGGACGACUACGAUGACAGCUUCCUGCGGGAAGCCUUGGAGAGGAAGAAGCUGGGCGAGCAGCAAAGGGCACGCAGCCGGGAGCGGCUCGAUAGUGAGAGCGAUCGCUUGGAUCGGGAGAGGGCACCACGUGGGCCCCCACCACUUCCUGUAAUCCCACCYUCUGGAUAUCCCGGCCGCCGCGAUGACUACCCACCCUCUCARCCACCUGCGUACAGUGACAAUGAAAGUGUGUCGUCUUCAAAGAAAAGUAACCUUCGCAAGAAUGGAGCUGUGAGUCGGGAGAGCCUGGUGGUGUAAAGCCGACCAUCAUGAUGAUGCAACUUCAGCCUUUUAUUUCAAAGAUAGRUGGUUUCUGACAUUGUAUAUAUUACUCACACAACUAACAUGCUGUGCAGAUUUAUGUUUUUUACUGAGCUCAAAUUGAUGCUGAAUCUGAUUUGUAAUUUUUUUUCUUAAGAAUUACUUGGAAGUGGUGCACAUAAAAUGAACGUGCCUUUCCUUGAAUUAAAUUUGUGGCUGCCACAAGUGCCUUUAUAUUGUACAGAGUUUUAAUUGUAGAUGUAAAAGCCCUGUCAAUAAAUACUUCUUCUGUUUAGGUAUUUACUUUUUGACAUUUUAAAGGGUUCUAAUUAGUUUUUUUUUUUUUUUUUUUUUUUUUUUUUUUUUUUUUUUUUUUUUUACUUUACGGUAGAAUCACUUAAGUAAUAUUUGUGUGGUUUUACAGGGUUCUUUGCUGUUAUAUAUUUUCUGUUUUUGUACUUGUAAAAACAUGUUUGUAAGAACUUAUGUAUAUUGAAAUGAACUAUAUUUGUGCUUUUUGCUUGUAGUCAUGUUAGAACGCUUUUGUACUUAAAAUGCUGGUGAACAAACAACUUUUUAACCUUUUUUUUACACAAUGUCAUUUUAAUCUACAGUAUGCUGUACAGCUGACUUGUUUUAUUCUCUGACAAUGCAAAUGAUCAUUAUCAUGUAAUGAAAUCAGUCUUUACAAUAAAGCUUUUGCUUCUA